AUGAGGGAAGUGGAGACUUCGGAAACAUCCGUCGUAUGGCCUGCAUGGUGUUACUCAGGUGAGUCAACGGUUAAUGAAGAUUUACCGCAACGGUUGGUGGCCGCGGCAGCAGCAGCAGCAGCAGCAGUAGCAGCAGCAGGUCUCGUAGCCCAACCAGAAGCCCAUCCGCGACAGAACUCGCGCCAGCACCACCGCGCGUCAUCAAAUCAAUCUCGGUCGUCAUCGGCUUCAUCAGCGUCAGUGUCAUCGUCGCCAUCGUCUCCAGCGGCCUCCAGCAGCAUCUCUCCGCACUCCCGGCGCGAUCGUCGACGGGAAGCGCGGAAAUCAAUCACACGAACGGCGACGACGGCGGCUGCGGCAGCUUUUCUCCACCAGCAACCAUCGGUGGGCGAGUUGACGAGCAGCAGCGCCAUUGCGGCAGCCCUCGAAGCCGGUUCCGUUGGUCGCCCGGUGGCUCUCGGUGGACUUGUAGGGCUUUCUACGGUUCCGUGCGAUGAUCGCUCGAUCGGUGCUGGUGGCACCACAAGCUCAGCAGCACAGCGAUUGCUGAGCGAUCUCGUGACUCCUAAACGUGGCACCAACGACACUGACGACGACGAGGACGACGAGCAGCAGCACACCAUCGGUGGUGGUGGUGGUGCUGAUAACAGUGACACUAAGCAACAACUUCUCCUUCGACGUCGGCGUCAGGAUCAGCGCUCGAAGUUGCACACACUCGACAGGAUGCUGAGCGAGCGAAUCUACGACAGGAAGAAGUACCUAAACUCACCCACGGGUGGAGGAGCUGGCAGCGGGGGUGGAGUGGGUGGUGGUUCCACAUCCGCGGGUGCAUUUUACGAGAAGUACCGCAAUGGUGGUUCCGGUGAUCCGGGCGGUGGCACUGGAUCAGAUCGUGCGAUCGAAUCCCAGUUGGCGUUGAUAAAAAAUGGCGCAACGAACAUCACCGGUGGCGGUGGUGGUAGUGUUGGGGCGGGGUUAAAUGGCGUCAGUCCAGGAGCUCACCUUAGUGCAAUAGCGGCCAGCAUCAUGAGCAAUGGGACCAACAACAAUGGUGGCAGUAGCGGACACAACAGCAGCAGCAACAGCAGCAAUAGCAGCAGCAGCGGCGAUGGAAAUGGUGCACUUUCGCUGCAUGGCAACCAAAUUGGCAACAGUGGAAGUGGCAAGAACUGCAACAGUAGCAGCACCACCUCCACCAACAACAACAACAGCAACACGAACAACAACAACAUCAACACGAGCCACGGAAGCAGCAGCAUCAAGAGCGAGCGUUUCAGCCCACCGACGAAUGACGCGCAAUCGAUGGCAUCGAGGUCCCGCAGUGUGACACCGUCAUCCUUCUCCGGGACGCCACCGCAAACGAUGCAUGCGAGCGAUCCGGGCGGCUUUUCCAGCAGUAUUUCGACCGGCGGGUUACUUCCGUCUCCAAACUCCGGGUCCGGUGGGGCGAACUCCGUCGGACGGCCCGAAUUCCACACGCGCAACUACUCUGACUUUAUGCGCAGUCUGGCGGCCAAGUACAACAAUAACAACAAUAACACUAAUGAUGUAUCGAAUAUCAAAAAUGCUUUCCUUGAACCAAAAAUGCGCUUCACUCAGCCCAAGUCUUACAUGGAGGGCUCGUUGACCGGCAAGAAGGGCAGCCCACUUACCUCCACUCAAGUACCUAAUCCAAGUAUUAUGACGUCGCUGUUUUCGGGUCUUCCAUUCCAAUCGGCCGUCUUCCCGCCCCUGAUCGACAUGAGCAGCACGCAGGCAUUGGUGACGCUGGCACGGGCAGCCAAGGAAUCCGAUGUACACAACAUUCUCAAAGCGGACACGGGUGGUGGUGGUCUUCGGAAGUCGUCGUCUUCCCUUUCACGCGGUUCAUCUCCUCCGGGAUCAGCCCUUGCGAGUCACCAUCACUUUCCAUCGCCAUUCGGUGCUGGCUACCUUCCAGGGUUGCUCCCGAACCAUCACCACCCACUGGCCAGUUUUCCCACCCAACCUCCGGCUUCGUCGGCAGUAACGGCAGCAUCCAGCGGUCCGAUGAAAUCACCCUCACGAGCUCCGGAACCGAGUGGCUUGUCCACGUUCCCGCUGGAUCUGAGCGCCACGACACCGUCGGGCAGCAAGCGGAUAAAGCUGUCCCCAACACCGAGCCGUCACCAGGAAACGUCCCCAGCACCGAGCUCCACCAACAGCCAGCCGUCCGCGGAUUCGCUCGAUCUCAAACCGACCCGGAAGUGCCACGCACGUGUCGAGGAGAUCGCCGCCUGGACCGUGGACAACGUGUGUGACUUUGUUGCCAGCAUCGAUAUCUGCGCGGAGUACGUCCAGAAUUUUCGUGACCAGAGUAUCGAUGGUGCGGGUCUGCCGCUACUAACGGAGGAACACCUGACGAACUCGCUCGGCAUGAAGCUGGGCCCGGCACUGAAGUUGCGCUCGAUGUUGGCCAAAAAAUUGGGUGGUCCUUGCCCGUGUGCACUGUGCAGUGUACCACCGUCGGCAACACCCCCGGUUCGGACCAGCAGCAGUGGCAGCAGUAGCAGUAAAGGCGACACAACUCCCACGAAUCGACCGCCCAGCAACGAUGGCUCGAUCGGGAAAUUUUCUCCCGCCUAA